GACUGCUGACUGACUGCCAGUCAGUGAAUGCGGUGACUGCGCAAACGCCGCUUGUGUUUGUGAGAGUGGAACUGAAAUCGGUGUGCGUAUUGCCAGCGUAGUGUUAACGAACUUUUACACUUGGAUAAUUAAAAUUUGAGAUGGGUUGCGCUAGGAUACUGUCGGCGCUGCGGCGCUGCAAGCGACUAGAUGACAGCCAAGGUGGUAGCGAACUGUCGCGGUGUCUUGGCUUACUGGAUCUGACGGCGCUGGGAGUGGGCAGCACCUUGGGUCUUGGUGUCUACGUCCUAGCUGGUGCCGUCGCCAAAACAGUAGCCGGGCCUGCCGUUACCCUGAGCUUCCUCGUUGCUGCCAUUGCCUCUGCUUUCGCUGGACUGUGCUACGCGGAGUUCGCGGCACGCGUACCUCGAGCUGGAUCAGCGUAUGUGUACAGCUAUGUGAGCGUGGGUGAAUUCAUUGCAUUCACCAUAGGCUGGAACCUCAUCCUGGAGUAUGUGAUCGGCACGGCCAGUGUCGCCAAGGGCAUGUCGAAUUACAUCGAUAGCAUAUGCAAUAAUACCAUGGCUCGCACCUUGACAGCCGCUGCACCGAUUAAUGUUUCGUUCCUUGCCGAGUAUCCUGAUUUCUUUGCGUUCGGACUUGUCCUUGUUAUAACAAUUUUGCUCGGCGUGGGGGUGCGCGAGUCAACAAAACUAAACAAUGUCUUCACGGCACUCAAUAUGGCAACUGUUGUUAUCGUUGUAAUUGCUGGAGCCACCCAGAGCGACCCCGCAAACUGGCGUAUAGCGGUGGAAGACAUUCCCGAGGAAUAUCGUGAGGCAGCAGGCGCUGGAGGUUUCAUGCCGUGGGGUGUGGCUGGAGUGAUGGCGGGCGCUGCCAAAUGCUUCUUUGGCUUUGUGGGCUUCGACUGCGUUGCAACCACUGGCGAGGAAGCAAAGAACCCGAAAAGAGACAUUCCGCUUUCCAUCAUAUUGUCGCUCGUCAUCAUAUUUAUAUCGUAUUUCACCAUCGCGACAGUCUUGACAAUGAUGCUCCCCUAUUACUUGCAGGACGCUGACGCGCCAUUUCCACACGUAUUUGGAGUGGCGGGUUUACCAUCGGUGGGGUGGAUCGUAACUAUUGGAGCCAUAUUUGCUCUGUGCACCAGUCUCUUGGGCGCCAUGUUCCCUCUUCCACGUGUGCUAUACGCCAUGGCCAGUGAUGGCGUGUUAUUUCGGCCCCUAGCUCGGAUUCAUCGCCGCACACAGACCCCGCUGCUUGCGACCGCCUUCAGUGGCCUUCUAUCAGCAACGAUGGCAGCCAUAUUUAACUUAAACCAAUUGAUAGACAUGAUGUCCAUCGGAACGCUGAUGGCUUAUACCAUUGUAGCUAUAAGCGUUCUAAUUUUAAGAUACGAAGAAGACAGCACGAUAAUAAUAAACGGGCUAAAAGCCCUUCCAGAGACGCCUUGGAGCGUGGUAAAACAGCUGUUUAAUCUGCUGGGACUAAAAGAGCCUACGAUGCUUUCUUCCACCAUCGCCAAAUGCACAAUAUUUAUAUUUUUUGUGGUGUCUCUACUGGCGUGCGGUACAAUGAGUUGGGAGGUGAUAGGUGAGGGUUCUUGGGUGGCUACAGGUGCUUUGGGCAUUCUGCUGCUGCUUUUACUGUUGGUGCUGUAUCGCCAGCCACGACGCGACGUCGCACAUCUCACCUUCACCGUCCCUCUAGUUCCGCUUGUACCGUAUUUGAGCGUGAUUAUGAACGUCUAUCUGAUGGUGCAACUCGACUACCACACUUGGGUGCGGUUCAUCCUCUGGCUUGCAGUCGGAUACCUUAUAUAUUUCUUUUACGGCAUCAGCAAUAGUUCCCUCAAGGAAAAGAAAAAUGACGAUUCCCACACGAAUGGAAAGGUUGAAGAAAAACAUGUUAUUACUAAGUUUUGAUUUAUUUAAUUUAACGACAAAAUAUUAGCCUUAGAUGACAGGACUUGUUGACACGACGUUAAAGAUUGCAUUUUUUGUAUCGGUCACUGAGAUUAAUUCUCAUCAUUGUAUUAUAUUUUUUCAAACUUUUGACAUAAUAUGAAUCCGCACAACAUUAAUGUAUUGAUCAUAUAAUGACGUUGAUUUGAUCAUGAUGUAGCUGUGAUCAAUGACUUGUGGUCGUAACAAUUGCAAGAUGGUAACGUAAUUAAAUGAGGUUUUUUUGAUGGCAAUGAAAUUUACAGUUAAAUCCUUAACGAUAUACAUGUUCGGUCACAUUUUAAAUGAUCAAAUCACCGAUCUGACCACGACAUACAUGAAUAACUUGUUACUAAUAAAAAUAUAAUUGUACAAAAAAAAAAUCUUCUGCUGUUUAAAACUGAUCAAAUAACGUUUUCUUAAAUACUAUAUUCUGUACAUAGCUAUGUUGCAGACUGGUUACAGACGAAUAGUUCAAAGUAAAACGGCAAACAUUGAGUCAAAUAGAUAUAAGUUUUUAGUAUAAAUGUACUGUGAUGUUUUAAUCAGAACUGUGAUAUUUGAGUAGGGUUCCAAUAUACUUUUAAACUACUUUGCUUGUUAAUACUUAACUCUCAGCUAGCAAAAAUAUAUGUUAAAGCUCCAAUAAUUACGUACGCUUAAAAAUAUAGAUUAAAUAUUCAUGAAAUUUUGUUAUAUGUAUAUUUUUUUCAACAACUUGGAACCCUACAUUUGAGUGCGUUGCGAGUCAUAUUCACUACUGACGGGCACAAAGGCAUCUGCCACAAGACAUUAUAAAUAGCGUAAGUUAAAUAAAUUAUGUACUUACAUUUAGCAUUAACUAUAAUUUAUAUAUAACAAUAAGUUCAGCAAAUUCAAAAUAGCCAUUACUACCAUUAUAUCAAAUGUUAAUUAAUUUUGUCUUGCCACAAUGUUUAACUGUUAGAUUACCUAAGUGUAGGCAUACGUUGUGAUUAUAUUUAAGAUUUAGCGAAAUUAACUGUGAUUCAUGUAUAAAUAAAUGUAUUUCAAAAAUA